UUUUAACAUAAAACUACUCCAAAUGUUUUGCCUAUUUCUUGAAGUAUAUACAAAAGGUUUUCUCUAUAUUAAGUCUGGCAUUUUGCACUUUUUUGUAUUAUAACACCACUAAACCAAAGUUUAAUAUUUAAUUACCCCCUUAUUUACACUGAAAAAGACUCUCCAACCCCCAUGAAAAUCAUAUUUUCCUUCUUCAUCAUUUGUCUAUUGGUGAAUUCUGAGUCCAUUAGCCGUUCUGAUUUUCCAGAGGGAUUCAUCUUUGGAACUUCUUCUUCAGCUUAUCAGUUUGAAGGUGCUGUGGAUGAAGGAAACAAGGGAAUUAGCAUAUGGGAUACUUUCAUCAAAAGACCAGGAAGAAUACUGGACUUCAGCAAUGCAAACACAGCAGUUGAUCAAUAUCAUCGUUUUCAUAGUGACAUAGACUUGAUGAAGAAUAUAGGAAUGGAUGCCUAUAGAUUCUCAAUUUCUUGGACACGAAUUUUCCCAAAUGGAACAGGGGAACCAAAUCCAGAAGGAAUUGAAUACUACAACAAUCUCAUAGAUGCCUUACUAGAAAAAGGAAUUCAACCUUAUGUAACUUUAUUUCACUGGGAUCUACCACAAAAGCUUGAAGAUUCGUACGAAGGAUUUUUAAGCAAUCGAAUAAUAAAAGAAUUUGAACGAUAUGCUAUUACCUGUUUCAAAGCAUUUGGAGAUAGAGUGAAGCAUUGGAUCACCUUUAACGAGCCUCAUGGUUUUACAAUUCAAGGUUAUGACUUUGGAAUUCAAGCUCCAGGAAGGUGCUCUAUUCUUUUGCACUUGUUCUGCAGGAAAGGAAAAUCGUCCGUUGAGCCAUAUAUCAUAGCACAUAACAUUCUGUUGUCUCAUGCUGCUGCUUAUCAUGCUUACCACAAAAUGUUCAAGGCAAGUCAGCGAGGCAAAGUUGGGAUAGCAUUAGAUUCUAAAUGGUACGAGCCACAUUCAGAUUGUGAAGAGGACAGAGCUGCUGCAAGCAGAGCGAUGGAUUUUGGACUUGGCUGGUUCCUUGAUCCACUACUACUUGGGAAUUAUCCUCUUUCAAUGCAGAAGUUGGUGGCUGAAAGACUGCCCAAGAUCACUCCCUAUGAGGCAAAACUGCUAAAGGGAUCUAUUGAUUUUCUUGGCAUCAAUCACUAUACCACGUUAUAUGCACGGAACGAUAGAGUAAGGACCAUGAAGUUAAUGUUUCACGAUGCUUACUCCGACUCUGCUGUGCUAACUACUCCUUACAGGCGUGGAGUCGCAAUAGGAGAAAAGGCUGCAUCUGGUUGGCUACGUAUCGUCCCAUGGGGCAUUAGGAAGUUGAUGAAUUACAUCAAAGAUAAAUAUGGAAACCCGUUGGUGAUGAUUACUGAAAACGGUAUGGAUGAACCAAACAAAUCACAUAUAGCGUUAAACGAUGCUUUACAAGAUGAAAGGAGAAUAACUUACCACAGAGACUAUCUUUCGAAUCUCUCUGCUGCAAUAAGGGAAGACAACUGCAAUAUCAAAGGUUACUUUGUUUGGUCACUACUUGAUAACUGGGAAUGGAACUCAGGUUAUACUGUAAGGUUUGGACUAUACCAUGUAGACUUCAAGAACAAUCUCACUAGGACACCAAAAUCCUCUGCUAAGUGGUUCAAAAGCAUGCUUACAUCGGAGAGAUAUCUGAACGCGUUAUUAUGAAAUGUGUUUUUCAUUUGAUUUCAACGAUGCUAGAAGCGAAUUAAGAUGA